CGAUCCUGCGACAAUUGCCGUGGUGCCAACAUUACUGCACUCCCCUGUCGAUCAGUCGAAACAAGAUCCAGCCACCACAGAACCGACCGCUCAGAUCCCAGUAUGAUGAUUCCAAAAGCCACGGAGAACACAUACGAAGUUGCCGCAGAUCAGUUGGUGAAAAUCAUCAAAAAUGGACCCAACAAGGCUGGUCAGACUCCCGAUCGGCUUCCGUCGAGGGAGACCCUCGUCAAGACACAUGAGCAGAACUUGAAGCUUCUAGCCGAAGGCAACGUCCCAAUCAGGAACAUCAUUCUGCCUCGGCCUUAUCCACCGUCCCGCGUGAACCUAGAAGAUUCCGCAUUCGAAAAGGUACUGCUCAAGCAUGUGAGGAUCGACGAGAGAAAGCCCAAAGCUAUUGGCAUAUUUCGGGCUGUGACGGCUCCCUAUGUCUAUUCUUCGACAACUACUGUGAUAGAAGACGAAGAGGGUCACGUGGCGAAGCUCACUGUAGGAAAUCUUGAAGACAGUCCGGUUGACCCAAUCGUGACGGAAAACGCUACUUUUGUAGUCAAACAACCAUGUUGGAGUCGGCUAGGCGAGUCAAAUUAUCAUAUUCGGGUGGAUCAUCCCUCGGAUCUGGUGCUCCUCGAGCCUGGCAACCGCCUAAUCCCCAAGACUUGGAGACAGAAGGAGGGAGGUAUCGCGACUAAAGAUGCAGCACAAUGGAAGAAAGAAGGGGAUAUGAUGUUUCUAAAGAAGAAGUUUCGCAAAGCACUUAAGCUGUAUAACAAAGGACUGAGAGUAUUAUCGGACGCCUCAGAUCCAACGGCUGAAAUUGACCUUUACCGUAAACGCUGCGGAGUCAACAUUGUCCUCCUUCGGUUAGACGAUGCCGCGAAUGACCUCUCGAAGGCGAUAUCUAUCCACGCAAAAUCAUCCCCGGACCUUUCAUCUUCCCAGCUCGCUGAUCAGUCUACCAUUCACUCAUGGCUCAACAAUCGUAGUACGGAAGAUCCUCUGGAAAUCGCCUCGAAGGUCCCUCGGGCGCUCAAGGAGCUUGCUACGCGAGUGAAGUUCGAUCUCGGCAUCGAACAGUCGAGUCCAGUCUACGACAUACCCCUCAUCUCAUCCUACGUUGGGCCUCUAUCCCUCCACGUCGAUGUAGCCAAUUACACAUGCGACACCGAAGUCAGAGACACCGCAUCCCAAGGUAGGGGGCUGUACGCGAAGAAGUCAUUCCGAGCCAACGACAUAAUCAGCGCCGAAAAGGCUUUCGUGUUACCAGGAUACUUUAUGCAAGACAAAGGAAGUGACUGUCUGCUAUACAGCUUGCAUGAUGAGACUGCGGCGCCACGACCCGGUGCGUGGCUUUUCAAAGAACUGGUCCAAAAGCUGAGGUGGAACCCAAGUCUUCGAAAGGAGUUCUUCAGCUUGGACGAUGGGGGGUAUUGGAAGGAAUGCGGUUGGGAAAUUGCCGAGGACGAAGAUGUUCCAGUUGACGUCUUUCGUGUAGAGUUCAUUCGCCGUUACAACUCGUUUUCCGCCCCAACUCGAUCCGCCGAUCUCCUUAAUCAACCACCCAACGCGAACCCUGAGCUACGCAACGGCUUCUGGACCCAUUCCUCGUACAGUAACCACUCCUGUCUCCCAAACGCCAUCCGCACUUUCAUGGGCGACAUCCGUUUCAUGCGCGCCACACGAGACAUCGAGGCUGGAGAGGAAAUUACAACCCAAUACGUUUCUCCAGACAUCGACAUCGAUGCCCGGCAAGAGAAGUUCCGCAACACCUGGGGAUUCGAAUGCACUUGCGAGCUAUGCACACUCGAGGGUAAGCUGGGCAAGGACACCAAGGAAGCGAGGCUACGGCAUUUUGAAGAGCUCAAAAGCAUGGUGAUGAAGCUCGGAGAAAAGGGUACGACCGUAACCUCUAUCAAAAAAAUCGCUCGCGGGGUGCGAGAGCUAGAGGCUUUGUAUACACCAACCGGCGAAGGCGAACCAGAUCCUUAUGCGAAGUUUCCUCGUCUAGCGCUCGUCCACCCCACCUUGUUCCUCACGGAGGCAUGGCGUGGCGUGAAGAACUACGAUAGAAUGAUGGACUGUGCGUACAAGUUACUGCGGAACUUCGGCAUUAUUGUCUCUGUGGAGGAUGAUAAGUUUUCGGUUGUUAACAAUGUUGGGAUGAUCAAUGUUGAGACUGUACGUGCGCUCAAAUAUCUGAGUGAAGGAUUUGCGGUCAAGGAAGAGACGGCACUGAGAGAUCAGGUCUUGGACACUGCGAGAUCAUGGUAUCUCACUAUUACAGGCGCGGAGAACGAUUUUGAGGAGUUCAUGAAGUUGUAG